AUGAAUGAAAUUGUAAAGAUAAAAAUAGGAUAGGAGACAUUGGAGUUAGAGUAGAGUCAAGAUAUUCUCAUGGCUGAUGACAGAAUGGAAAAAGAGCUAGGGGCAUGUAUAUAAAACUUGAAAAAAUAGAGGAAUGAAAUACUUUGUGAUUUGGAAUUAUUUGGAGAUUAAUUAGUCCACUUAAAUUAUGACAAUCUUGAUCGAUUCUCUUAGCAUAUCAAUUCAGCAACUUAGCUAGAUAUUAAUGAGAAAGAUGAGAUUACUGAGUCAAUCGGUGAAAUCGACAACUUUCUUUGA